AUGGCGGGCGCCGACAGAAUAUACUACAUCAAUCAUGAUACCGCCCAGACGUGGUAGAUCAGAAGAUGCGCUGCCUGUUCCCGUCGCUCGUCUGCUAUUCUGUCGCCAGUGAGCGUUGAGGGCGCUCGGAGGGGAGAUGGACGAGAGAGAUCUGGGCCUGGGUAAGUGGAUGGCAGACUGCUGUUUUGCUGUUUUCGGCAAGUCCUCCCCUCUGCGCCCAUGGCCUAGUGAGCCGACGGUCCACCUCAGAGGACACCAUACAGACCAUAUAAUGCAAUACCUACAUACAUGCCACAUACAUUACCUAGUACGCUACAGCACACUACAACGCACUACUGUACACGACCAUGCGAUGCCAAGGUACAUACACCACGCUAGCCCAGGAUGGCCCCACCACAGAACCCACGGAACCUGCGGCAGAGAGGGGCCGACCGAGACAGACCAGUCAAUCGCGGCCUUUCACUUGGACUCUCCCCUCCCAUUAUCCUAUUUCCAAUCAAUUGAAGCGAAGGCCUUAUUUCCUUACAUAUCAUCAAAGUACUGGUUACUGACCUGCCUAGCCUACCUUGGCCUUAGGUCCAGUAUUCUACGGCACUACGGCACUAUCGACACAUCACUUACUGCCUACCUAGGUAUUAGGUACCUAAGUAGACCGUCCACUAGCUCGCCCAGACUCGCCCUCUACUGCGCCAUAUCGGCGACUUUUGACCUCAUCAACAACCCAUUCAAUAGGUAGACUACUACUAGUACCCGACAUAGGUAUCAGUCCGCGCAUUUGCACUUGCACCACGCUACAGCAUCUGAAUGCUACGAAUACCCGCCCAAAUACCACCACCACGAUCAGCCCCUCAGUGAGAGCUGAAAAGAAGAAAUCCCAAGAAACCUGUUAACCUCCCAAAUUUGCCCCCAACCCCCCAGCUG